CCUUGGAAAAAAAAUGUCUUGCAGCUGCUGAAUGAUGCGCAACAGAGGCCAUUUAGAAGUGGAUAUUCGCUAUGCCACUUGAAAAUGCGUAUACCCUCCACGACACUACUGUUCCACACAGUGUUGGUUUAAUCAGCUGGGAGAAAUAUCCAAACCUUCAUUUGUGCACCAUGGAUUUGUGGGGGCCUUUAUGUUAUAUAUGCUCAGCGACAAAACAUUUCACAUUUUAGACAGCUACAGACUUGAAGUGUGUGGUGAAGUAUCAAAUGCAUUCACUUGUUUAACUCCAGAUCUAGAUUUAGCAAUUCACAGCAUCAGCGUCAAUGUACCACCUUCAUUCGGUGUAAUCAUGUGGAGCAGAAAGCUCUGCUCCCAGCUGUCACAGUUUUUUAUCCUGGGCUUUAACCAGAUUUAACUCCACACAUCAGCUAGUGAUGUGUGGAGAGUCAGAGGACUGAUGAAAUGAAGGAAAAGAUAUUGAAUGGUGACUGCGAAACAAAACUGAUCCGUAUGAUAUAGAAUUGAUUGGGUGAAAUGCAGCGCAUUGUUCAGCCAAUGACAUUGUAGCAGGAUGAAGAGGGUUUCCAGUGCAGAGUCAUUUAUCCUUAUUUCUACCAAAGGUGUAGAAAUGGGGGCAAUACAGUACUUGUACAACACCUUAAUCUGGUGACCAAGCUGUGAUGCUGAUGUACAGCCUUCUAGUCUGUGGCAAACCGUUGGCUUUGUCCAUACUGUCGUAACUACUACUAAAUCCAUAAGCUUCUGUCCUAUGAAAUAGGUCCUAUCAUUUUUUGGAGAGUCAGUGAAGUUGAUGUCUGUUCAUGCUGCUAAUAUGGGUAGACCAAUGUUAUUUUAACAGCAAACCAAAUGCACUGUUUUCAGGGGAUGACAUUUCUUAGUCAUUGCACUUACCAUGCAAUCAUUUUCAAAUUCCUUUAUUAAAUACUGUACAAUUCAUUUUUCUCUUUAUGGCCAUGGUUGCCUGGAACUUGUCCCAACACACACUUGAUUUCGCAAUUCAAAUACAUUUUUUCUAAAGAAUAUUUUAUACAGGAAUUGACAGUGCUACAAUUCUACUAGCAUUUGCUACUAAAAAUAGACACGUGCAAACUGUAAAAUCUGUUUAGUAGACUGUCUGCUAUUAAAAAAUACUGUUGCAGUUAGUUAGGGUCUGUGUUGUAUGUAUUUUGAGGAGGUACGUGUGCAUGACAAAUCUGCGUGGCCUUCCCGUGAAGGUAAUUUGGGAACCUUGGAUUUGGACAGUGGCUCCAACGUCCUGGGAGACAACUUGUUUAUUUACAGAUCAUUUCUGAGACUUAAUUGCAAUUGUGGCGGUUAUUGAUCUGAGAACAGGCAUGGGCCAUCGAUCUCCUGCUGUCCCCAGAUGGGUCGGGGACAAUUCUCCCAGCCCCAUUACAACCAACCUGAGCAGCAGGCAACGUGGCCAAAUGAAAUAAACGACACAGAGUCUCGACUGAAUUAAUGAAACGGGGCAAGCUGCUUCCGUCUGGCGUGUACUGAUGCAGAUGGACGUCAAGACCAAACGUUGACGAGUGGAAGUAACGGAUUCCCCCCUUCACCCUUUUGCCCCCUACACCUCCUGUCACGCUGGCAAUGUCAAGAGUCCCGAGUCCCCCUCCCCCUGCGGAAAUGUCCAGCGGGCCUGUGGCCGAGAGCUGGUGCUACACACAGAUCAAAGUGGUGAAGUUCUCUUACAUGUGGACCAUUAACAACUUCAGUUUCUGUCGUGAGGAGAUGGGCGAGGUCAUCAAGAGCUCCACCUUCUCUUCUGGGGCCAAUGACAAGCUGAAAUGGUGUUUGCGAGUGAAUCCCAAGGGCCUCGAUGAGGAGAGUAAAGACUACCUGUCUCUCUACCUGCUGCUGGUCAGCUGCCCAAAGGCUGAAGUGCGUGCCAAGUUCAAGUUUUCCAUCCUCAAUGCUAAGGGAGAGGAGACCAAAGCCAUGGAAAGCCAGAGAGCAUAUCGCUUUGUCCAGGGGAAGGACUGGGGCUUUAAGAAGUUCAUCCGGAGAGACUUCCUCCUAGAUGAGGCCAACGGUCUUCUACCCGACGACAAGCUCACGCUCUUUUGUGAGGUGAGUGUGGUGCAAGACUCGGUCAACAUAUCUGGACAGAACACCAUGAACAUGGUGAAGGUGCCUGACUGCCGGCUAGCAGAUGAGCUGGGGGGCCUGUGGGAGAACUCGCGUUUCACAGACUGUUCACUGUGUGUGGCUGGCCAGGAGUUUCAGGCCCACAAAGCCAUCCUGGCAGCACGCUCCCCUGUAUUCAGCGCCAUGUUUGAGCAUGAGAUGGAAGAGAGCAAAAAGAACCGUGUGGAGAUCAACGAUGUGGAGCCCGAGGUUUUUAAAGAGAUGAUGUGCUUCAUUUACACAGACAAGGCUCCCAACCUAGACAAGAUGGCCGACGACUUGCUGGCAGCAGCUGACAAGAUUUUCCCCACACUGUACGGGAUUACGGGCACACACUGUGAGAUCUCACAUAUUCUCUGUGAGGUGACAAGAUGGAAGAGCCUACGUGCACUGAAUCCACUCAACCAUAUCCGAUAUGCUCUGGAGAGACUGAAGGUCAUGUGCGAGGACGCUCUGUGCACCAGUUUGUCUGUGGAAAACGCUGCAGAGAUCCUCAUCCUGGCUGACCUGCACAGCGCCGACCAGCUCAAAACGCAGGCGGUCGACUUCAUCAACUACCACGCAGCAGAGGUGAUGGAAACAGCCGGCUGGAAGUCCAUGGUAGCGUCUCAUCCUCACCUGGUGGCUGAAGCUUACCGCUCCCUGGCUUCAGCCCAGUGCCCUUUCCUCGGACCCCCACGGAAGCGCCUCAAACAAUCCUAACAGCCUCACAGCAAGGCGUCGGCACACUCAAACACACUUACACACAUGCAAAACACUAAAACCCAGAGAUCCCCCCUCUCAAACACAGGGACAACCUUUCCCCUUGCUGUUACCUACUACGCUACCUACAGCCUCCCCCCAAAUCUCCCCCUUCUGCCCCAUCCAAACCUGCUGUAUUUAGUCUCUUCUAAAGAUGGAGGGAAGAAGGAGGAGGAGGAGGUGGAGGAGGAAAAGAGGGACAGGUGGGCUUGAGGAGUGGAUGUUUGUCGUUUAGAACCACAACAACCCUCCCCUUUUCCCCGCGGCUCUGGCGCAGUGAGAUCUGACAUUGUGCUCUUUUCCGUGUGAAAACAAAAUCCUACGACAUCCUGCUAGUUCCGACUUUGGAAUCCGUUCAGAAGGACACGAGAACCCAGUAAGAGCCAAGUGUCCGAGGCUUAAAGGAUACGUGCGGAUUAACAAAGUAUAAACUGUCAGUUUUAUCAAAAGGCUUCAUUUUGUUCGUGUUUGGAGUUGAGCAGUUGGAGAAACCCCUGGAUCUUAAGGACACGUGGGCCUGUGAGUGACUGAAGAAGAAGUGGGCCUGUUAGUUCCAAACUAUAAGCCCCUCCCACCGAGAGACGACUAAGGGCUAGUGAAAAAUAGAAUCAGAUAAUGGGACAAAAUCGUCAAAAAGAUUUUCCCAAAGGACGUUGGGAAAAUAUUGCACUAAAGUCACAGGUUACCCCUCGUCAACCCUUACCAGCAGUAAAGCAGAAAUACUGUAGGCAAGCACACUAAAUUGAAGCAAGCUUCAUGGACUAGAGACCCAACUGGACCAAUAAGAACAAGUUCCCUUUAAGAAGAUUUAUCACCAAGUGACAAAAACAACCCAACGUGUACUCCCAUACAAAACUCUUCAAGCUUCAUCUGCGUCCGUUUUCAUUUUUCAAAUAGCCAGAAAUAAAAUGCAGUAUAGAGAGAAUACAGAAAAUUGCAACGCAUAACUGGAUGUUCUUCUUGGGGCAUUUUUCUGUGUGGAUCUGUGUCCGCCGCCCUUGAGAGAAAAUAAAAUCCAAGGUGUCAACAGACAAACUAACCAAGAGACAACGAACGGUCGAGAAACAAAAUGUCAAGAAAUGGUUACAAAAUGACUCAGUCGGGGCAUGUUAAUGUUCUUUUAUGACAGAUCUUAUUUGUUUUUUUCCCCCUAUGAACUGUCAUUUCUAUUUUUUUCAUAGGAAUUUGUACAGACACUAGUGUUUUUGAAGCUGUGUAAAACAAAAGCAUUUUCAACCAUGAAAUUGGGGGGGGAAUAUGGGGACAAAUGUUUUCUUUGCAGGCAUGAAGACUGAGUGGGAAAUGAAAUUCAAAUGAACACGUUUUAAUGUUCAGAUAAGACAAAAUGUGAAAGAAAAUGCACACCGAGGAAAACCAACAUGAAUUACUAUUUGAAGUUAUCAUUUGAACCUGGUGGAAAAUGGUAAUCUGUCGAAGGAACCGUCGUCGUUUCUUUCCUGUAGAUAUCGCUGGUCAUGAGAAGUGACACUUAGUUGUUGCCAUUUUUUGUCCCCCUAAAAAAUAAACCACAACUAUUUUGUAUUGAAUGCAA